ACAAAUACUAAUACAACUUGUUUUUCUCCCUAAUAUUAAUAUUGAGCACGUGUACAGUAACACUAACUACACUCCCUCUCUCCUCAAUUCCGGUACCCCGUUUCCGGAAUCAUCAAUUUCCUCCACCGUUUCGAAACUUCACCCGUGACUAAUUCUUUUUUUCUCUCUCCUCCGCCUCCUCUCUCGUUUUCGGUUUUCUCACUCUAAAAAUUUUUGGGGAUUUUUUUUCUUCUUCACUCUUCGACUUAUUAAACCCCGCGAAAAAACCUCCAUUGAAGGAGGUUUAAGAGAGAGAGUAUGGGAGCUCUUGCUCUUCCUACUCCAUGGAUUCCUGAAGAUGACCUCUUGCUCAAAAAUGCUAUCGAGGCUGGUGCUUCGUUGGAGUCACUAGCUAAGGGUGCAGUGCAGUUUUCACGACGAUUUACUAUCAAGGAACUGCAAGAUAGAUGGCUUGCACUCCUAUAUGAUCCUAUUAUAUCGACAAGAGCGGCUGAACAAAUGGUAGAGUUAGAACGUGCAGCACCUAAUCUUGCAUCAAAAUCUAACAGAGCUGACCAUUCAAAAGGGAGUAAAAGUGCCCAUGGGAAGAGGAGGGCUGAAAGUGUCCGUAAAUCUUAUUAUGCUAUGAGGAAAAGAGUAUGCAAUGAUCCCCUUAAGCAUGGUGAUAUUAGUUUUCUUGUGGCGCCUGGUGACAAUUGUUUUAUGAGUGGGGCGGAAGCUCCUGUCCCAGACAAUAUGCUUGGAGAUCCGAUGGCUAGUCAUUUUGGGCUUGAGCAUGGUGAUUUUGAUUUACAUCAUGUUUUUCCUCAAGUCAUGUCGAAUGGUGCUCAGCCUUGUGGUGUUAGUGAAUUUCCAAUUGAUCAACAUAAUACACUUGAAGAUCAAAACACUAUGCUAGUGGAUAACAUGGAUAUAAAAGAACAUCCUGGUCAUAAUAUGUUUGAAGCGACUGGAAUUGAAGAAAAUUCUGUAUGUCAUAGUAAAAACAUCAUGUGCUCUGGUUUUGAAGGAACCACAAUCUUUAAUCCAAAUAUUUCUGAUUGUGAAAAUUCAUUUCGGCAUUUGCAAUAUACAUCUCCUCCGCCUGCAUUGCCUGAUUGGAAAACAAUUGAGGGUAUAUCAGUGCCAGAAAUGCCUGAUGAUGUUGGCAUUAGGGGGAAGAAUGCACAAACAGGAGAACCUUUUGUUAUUCCAGAUGGUGGCAAUGCUGGAGGAACAUCUGACUAUGAUGUUAUGCGCAGAGAUCCUGAGUUAAUCAAUCAAAUGCGAUGUGAUGACUUUAAAAAUUCGACAGGUUGUGCGGAGGUAUAUUUUGCAGAGUUGACCGACUCGCUUUUUAAUUUCUCAAGUGACGAUGAGAUGCUUAGUAUUGAUGGUGAAAAGGGUGUUAUUGAUAAGACAUAUUUUGAGGGUCUUAGUUCACUCUUGUUGGACUCCCCUAAUGACAUUAAUGAAGAUAGAUUACCCAAUGUGCUAGAAGCAAAACAGCCAGCUGAUACAGAUGUAUAUAUUGAUAUCUCGAGCAGUACAGGUCUAGAGGAAAAGAAGGAAAAGAAUGACGCUGGUGACCCUCACUUGGGCGACAAUAAUCUUCAAAAUUGUUCAGACACUCAAGUGCGUACACCUACUGCAUGUGCCAACUCCGAGUUUCCAGAAUAUUGUAAUGGUGUUAUUGUCUGCACAUUGAACACUGAGGAUCCAGAAAUUCCAUGUAAUGAUGAUAUCAUUUUUCCUAGUAGACCACGACCAGCAUCUACCAAUAGAAGAACACACAGCGAGGCCAAUAACUCAUCAGUACAUGGUAAGGAUACAACAGGCACACAAUCCACUGCAAGAGGUCUUGGCACAUUAAAGAGAGAACAGAAACGGCUUGCAGAAUCACAUCCAGCAUCCCAGACGCGUGGUCCAGAUGUGGGAUUGAAUCGUGCAGCUGAUGAGUUUGGGGUUAAAUUUGAGAAAUCUAGAGCUGAAACGCUGAAUGGCCCGAGGAGUUCCUAUGGAGGUUCAUGUCAAAGCGGUCUGGCAGUGAAGAAGGAACCUUCAGAACUUCCAUUGGCUAGACAGCAUGGCUGUAGUGUUGCUGAGAAACAAGGUCUAAUUGCAGAUAUAGGCCAUCUACAUACUUCUGUUGGGGGAAUGAAUCAGGAAGCACAGACAUCAUCAGCCCUUAGAAAUCAGGAGUUGGGAUCUAUGGACGGUAUGGGGGAGCCAUUAUUGUCUGACCCCGAGGAGCAAUUUUCUGAAAGUGAUACUGACAUUCCUUAUUUUUCUGAUAUUGAAUCAAUGAUACUUGAUAUGGACUUGGGUCCAGAAGAUCAGGAUCUUUUCUGUAGUAGAGAAGUUGCGAAAUAUCAGAACGAGGAUGUUAAGAGGGCAAUCAUAAGGUUGGAGCAGAAUGCUCAUUCUUAUAUGCAGAGAUCCAUAGCAUCACAUGGGGCAUUUGCUAUUUUAUAUGGCCGGCAUUCAAAGCACUACCUUAAGAAACCUGAGGUAUUGCUAGGGCGAGCGACAGAUGAUGUUUCUGUUGAUGUUGACCUGGGAAGAGAAGGCCGUGCAAAUAAGAUAUCAAGGCGACAGGCAAUUAUAAAGAUGGACAAAGAUGGAGCUUUUAAUAUAAAGAACACUGGCAAAUGUUCAAUCUAUGUGAAUAGCAAGGAAAUUUUCCCAGGACAAAGUCUUAUUCUACUCUCAAAUUGCUUGGUUGAGAUUAGGGGUAUGCCGUUCAUAUUCGAAACAAAUCAGGCUCGCAUUAAACAAUAUUUGGAUAAUGCUGCCCGAAAGCUGGAGGACAAAAGGCUCAACAAUUGAAGGGCUGGAUAACCACUGGAGGUGCUUGUUUUACUGCACUUUCUUGGUUUUAUAUGGUUUAGGUCUUAGCUCUUUGUAUCUACCCUGCUGACUGCUUAGAUAUAGGUUUUUCUAUUUUAGAAGUAGGCCUGUAAAUCGAAUGCUUAACUUGACAUAGUAGGAUGAUUAUCAAAAGAUUCAUUGUCUC